AUGAUGGACCUGCCAGACGUGCGUGUCAAGAACCUCACGAUCUACGGCAAGCUGUCUUUCGACGACAGCUGGACUCUCAACAACAUCCUGGUGUGGGGAACGCUGGAGAUCGGCCGCUUGGCAGCGGAAUUCGGAGCAAGUACUAAAGACAAGCCUUUCGGUGCCGAGACGGGGAAGACUACGACCAUCGUGCUUCGUGGAUAUGUGUUGAACACAGAGGUGAUCGCCGUGCCGGGCACUGCCGGGAGCCCAGUAUACCGAACGCUUCGCCUGGCAAUGACGAUCGGCGAGAAUGACGAGUCCGCCUGCGUUUGGAACACCACUGGGCCGCUGGAGUGGCCCGCCGGUGCCCUUGUGGGCUUUUCGCCGACGGAGCCGCCCCGCCAUGCUCCGCUCCGCUUUUCAGGCAGCCUGGGUGAGCGACGCUUCGCUGAUGACAUCGACGUCGGCGGCGGCAAGAAGGUCUCACUUCGAGGCAUUGUCACCCGCCUCGACCGAACG